AUGAUUUCAUAAAAUCUACAUAAAAACUAAUAUUUUUUUGCAAGAGCAGUAAGUUGUAUAAAUUAAAAUGAAUAACGUAAACCUACAGAUAUAAGUAAAUAUAUUAUGGAAAAAGAGUUUAAACAGAGAAUUAAAAAAGAAUCAUUUUAAUUUCUGUAAAUAAGGUUGCUAAAGUAAAUAUCUGGCAAUAAUUAAGAAUAAAAAUGGAGAUUAUUUCAAAAGCUUAGAAAUGCUGUUUAGAAAGUGAUUAAAUUUAAUAAAUAAAAAAAAGAAAUAAAUAAAAGGAGAAGGGGAAGUUAUUUAGGAUAUUAGAGGAUUAAUAAUUUCAUAGGGACAACUGAAAAUGAGAAAAGAUUGAAAAAUUAAUAUUUAAAUUGCAUAAGCAAAAUAAAAAGGACAAUUUAUUAAAACAGUAAAGUAAAUAAUUAAUCGUGUAAAAUCAGGAUUAUAAGUGCCAAUGCUUAUUACUCCUUCACCUUAUUCUUAUCUUAUAUUAAAAGAGUAAAAAUAAUAAAUUUUAGAAAAAAAAGAAAAAGACUUAAUUAAAGCUCCGAAAACAAUAAAAGAUAAGUGAAAUCAAUUCAUUUUACUAAAUAAGGUAAUUUAAUGAUUUAUGGAGUAAACUUUAAGAUGAAUUAGUUUCAUAUAAGAAUGCAAGAACAAAUGGAGUUUAUUUUUGAAAUCUAAGGAUUGAUUAAAUCUAUAAUAUGA